AUGAACACCAUCAAAGCAGCGUUUGCAAGGGCAAAGGCCGAGAAGCGGAGCGCCCUCGUGGGCUACUGGACUCAUGGCUAUCCCACCAUCGAAGAGACGCCAGAUAUCAUGCUCGGCAUGCAACGAGGAGGCGUUGAUGUAAUCGAGUGCGGUCUCGCCUUCACUGAUCCCAUCGCCGACGGCCCCACCAUCCAGAAGUCCAACAACGUUGCCCUCUCCAAUGGCGCCUCUAUCACAAAUGCCCUCGAGCAAGUCCGCAUUGCAAGAUCAAGAGGCCUGCGUGUCCCCGUGCUGUUUAUGGGCUACUAUAACCCCGUCCUGCGAUACGGUGAAGACCGCUUCCUGCGUGACUGCCGAGAAGCGGGCGUAAAUGGCUUCAUCAUGGUCGAUUUGCCCCCCGAGGAGGCUGUUCGCUUCAGAGACAACUGCAGAAAAGCCGACCUCUCAUAUGUGCCCCUCAUUGCCCCCGCCACCAGCGAGAAGCGCAUGAAGUUGCUCUGCAGCAUCGCCGACUCCUUCAUCUACGUCGUCUCCCGCAUGGGCGUCACCGGCGCAACAGGCACACUCAACACAAAGCUUCCCGAGCUGCUGGAACGGGUACAUCAAUAUUCGGGCGGCGCACCUGCGGCAGUCGGUUUCGGCGUCAGCACACGCGAACACUUCCUCUCCGUCUCCGAAAUCGCCGAGGGUGUCGUCAUCGGUUCCCAGAUUGUCACUACCAUCGGUGAGGCUGCGAAGGGGUCUGCCUCCAAAGCCGUCGAGGACUACUGCAGCCAGAUUACCGGCCGAAAGGUCGGAGAUGCGAACCCCGACGCCGCAUCAACGACACGUGAAGUUGGUAUUGUCGAGACCAUGGCCGCCGCCAAAGAGCCCAAUGCCGCCACCACAAAUGGCCUGAAUGGGCACACGGUCAAAGUUGACGCCGUCGUCACCGACGCCGAUCGGGCCGGUGCCGGACCAGGCCUCGCCGACCAGCUCGAUGCUCUGAAUAGCGCGACCAAUGGCAGCGACCCCAACCCGUCAGCAAUUCCUGCCCGAUUUGGCCAAUUUGGCGGCCAAUAUGUCCCUGAGUCAUUGAUGGACUGCCUUGCGGAGCUGGAAGCCGGCUUCGCAGCAGCCAAAGCAGAUCCUAAGUUCUGGGAGGAGUAUCGGUCUUACUACCCUUACAUGGGCCGACCCUCAUCACUCCACCUUGCACCGCGUCUCUCCGAAGCAGCCGGCAACGGCGCCAACAUCUGGCUCAAGCGCGAAGACCUUAACCAUACCGGCAGCCACAAGAUCAACAAUGCCCUGGGACAAAUGCUGCUAGCCAAACGCUUGGGCAAGACUCGCAUCAUUGCCGAAACGGGGGCCGGUCAGCACGGUGUAGCUACCGCUACGGUAUGCGCCAAGUUUGGCAUGGAGUGCGUGAUUUAUAUGGGCGCCGAGGACGUACGACGUCAGGCACUCAACGUCUUCCGCAUCAAGCUGCUAGGUGCCAAAGUUGUGGCCGUGGAAGCUGGCAGCCGCACACUACGCGAUGCCGUCAACGAAGCGUUGCGGGCCUGGGUUGUCGAUCUCGACACUACACACUACAUCAUCGGUAGCGCCAUCGGACCACACCCCUUCCCAACCAUCGUGCGCACUUUCCAGAGUGUCAUCGGUGAUGAGACCAAAACCCAGAUGCGCGAGCAGAUGGGCAAGUUGCCAGAUGCGGUCGUUGCCUGCGUCGGCGGCGGCAGCAACGCCGUCGGCAUGUUCUACCCCUUCUCCGCGGACCCUUCUGUCAAACUGCUGGGCGUCGAGGCGGGUGGCCACGGCAUCCACACAGACAAGCAUUCAGCCACAUUGUCUGGCGGUAGCGUCGGCGUCUUGCAUGGUGUGCGCACCUACGUGCUUCAGAACGAGCACGGCCAGAUCACAGAUACGCACAGCGUGUCCGCCGGCCUAGACUACCCAGGCGUGGGACCCGAGUUGAGUUCCUGGAAGGACAGCGAGCGCGCACGCUUUGUCAACGCCACCGAUGCCGAGGCUUUCAGGGGCUUCCGCAUCCUGAGCGAGACCGAGGGUAUCAUCCCUGCGCUGGAGACGAGUCAUGCGGUCUGGGGCGCGUUGGAGCUCUCGAAACAGUACGGGCGGGAAGCCAAGGCGGGCGAACCCAAGAAGGAUAUCGUCAUUUGCCUGAGUGGUCGUGGCGACAAGGAUGUGCAGAGUGUGGCGGAUGAGCUGCCCGUGCUGGGGCCGGAGAUCGGCUGGGACCUGAGAUUCUAA